UGGAGCCGCUCCGCCGAGCGCGCCGUGCGCAGGCGCGGCCCUGCUGCCCCCGGAAGUGCUCGCGCCGCUGGGUGACACGUCGCAGGGGUCGCGGCGGCGGGUGUGGGGCCGGGCCCGGAGGGGCUGAGAUAGCUUGCCAUGUCUGGGUUUGACAGCUUCAACACAGACUUCUUCCAGACGAGCUACAGCAUUGAUGACCAGACACAGUCCUACGAUUACAGCGGAAGACCGUACAGCAAGCAGUAUGGAGGCUAUGAAUACUCUCAACAAAGUGGAUUUGUCCCUCCAGACAUGAUGCAGCAGCAGCCUUACACAGGGCAGAUUUAUCAGCCGACACAGACGUAUGCUCCAACUUCAGCACAGUCUUUUUAUGGAAGUAAUUUUGAGGAUGAGCCUCCUCUAUUAGAAGAAUUGGGGAUCAAUUUUGACCACAUUUGGCAGAAGACACUAACGGUGCUACACCCAUUAAAAGUGGCAGAUGGCAGCAUCAUGAAUGAGACUGAUUUGGCUGGACCAAUGGUCUUCUGUCUAGCUUUUGGAGCCACGUUAUUACUGGCUGGUAAAAUUCAGUUUGGUUACGUGUAUGGAAUAAGUGCAAUCGGAUGUUUAGGGAUGUUUUGUCUCCUGAACUUAAUGAGCAUGACGGGCGUCUCGUUUGGCUGCGUUGCCAGUGUCCUUGGAUACUGUCUUCUUCCAAUGAUCCUACUUUCCACUUUUGCAAUUGUAUUUUCGUUGCAGGGAAUGAUGGGGAUUAUUCUCACGGCUGGAAUCAUUGGCUGGUGCAGCUUUUCUGCUUCCAAAAUCUUUAUUUCUGCCUUAGCAAUGGAAGGACAACAACUUCUAGUAGCAUACCCCUGUGCGUUACUGUACGGAGUCUUUGCUCUCAUUUCUGUGUUUUGAAUAGACUGUCCAAACUGUUGGACUCCAGUGGGCCAAAAUGAAAACAUCAACUUGGAACGUUUAGUUGGACCAGAAACAGCUGCAAACAACUCUAUAGUGUUGCUGUCAUGAAACUUAGACCUGUUUUGAAUCAUCUGGAACAAUGAAAACAAAUGUCUCGUGUUCACUUUUUUAGGACUUUGAAUACUGUUUUCAAUUGACCUGAGGUGUCUAUAGCUUUAAUAAGUGUUCAUGCUUAUCAAGUUAAUGUCAUUUCUUUCCCAUUCCUAUAUCUUUAGAAAAGUAAAUUUUGGUUGUUUAUUUGAGAGUUGUGUUUUUUGUUUAGUUUUUGUUUGGUUUUGUUUGUUGUUUUUUUUUCUUUUUUAUGGGAGUGAGGGAGGGAGUAGGUUUGCAGUUAUAAAUUGAUAGAUUUUUAUCCGAAAAAGUCAACAGAACUGCAGAUGCCGUAGAAUUGGGGUACUCCGAAUAAAUCGGCAAUAAUAAGGAACCUGUUUCCUGUCCCCUCUUAACCAAAAGCAAAAUGCACAAAUGAACACAAGCAAUUAGGGUAUUUUCUAUAUUUUAACAAAUAUACUCUUAAGCUCUUUGGUCUCAUUCAUUUGUUCAUUUGAUGUGGUAGUAAUUCAGGAUUUAAGAUACUUAAAUUAUGAAUUAGAAAACAGAUGCUUAAAAAUUAAAGGGAUCUGUAAUUCUGUCACACUUGAAAUACGAAUACAUUUGGAUGUCUAAGUAGCUCUGUGUUAACUUGGAUUUCUGAAGAUGACUUCAACUAGAGUUUCUUUUCCUAAUGGUGCACAUACGAGUAGAUGAAGAGUAAUCUCUUUUGCAGUACUUCCAAGAAAAACACCAUUUUGAAAAUGUUAUGCUUGUCAGUAUUGUAGUUACUGUAAAAUAAUUUAAGGCAUAUUGAUUAAAUUUUCCUUAAA